AUGAAACCCUACAGCCUCCUCAGCAGUUUAGCUAUCCUCGGCCCUGCAGCCUUGACGGUUGCACAAACCCUGAACAUUGUUGCACAUCAAGAUGAUGAUCUACUCUUUAUGUCCCCAGACCUCCUUAGUGAAGUACGGUCAGGUCGAGCAGUCCGUACCGUCUUCCUCACAGCCGGCGACGCAGGCAACGGCGAAGACUACUGGACAAGCCGUCAAGCCGGCUCCCUAGCGACCUAUGCACAGAUCGCCGGUGUUGCCAAUGAAUGGAACGAAGGCGAUGCAGGCAUCGAGGGAUUUGACAUCCCGGUAUACGAACUCGCAGCCCAACCCCAAAUUGAACUGGCCUUCCUACACAUCCCGGAUGGCAACCUGGACGGGUCAGGUUUUGCUUCAACAGGAAGCGUCAGUCUUCAGAAGCUCUGGGAGGGAACCAUCGAGGAGAUCGGCACAGUCGACGCCUCCGGCACUACCUAUACGAGGCAGCAGCUGCUUGACGUCCUAUCCGACAUUAUUGAGAACUUCAGCCCCGACCGUAUCAACACUCUCGACUUUGUCAAUGAUCUCGGUGACGGCGACCACAGCGAUCACCACACCACUGGGUUCUUUGCAGACCACGCGUCUCAGGCUGCUGAUAAUGAUGCCGACUUCUUCGGCUACAUGGGCUAUCCGGUAGCCUCGCUACCCGCAAAUCUGAAUGCGGAUCAAAUUGCUGAUAAGAAGGCCAUCUUCUAUUUCUAUGCCGGCUAUGAUUCUGGGACCUGCAAUAGCGACGCUGCUUGUGCUGGUCGACCGGAGCUGGCUUGGUUGGAGCGCCAGUAUCAGGUAUGA